CGCGCGUGUUCCAUUCAGUACCGUUUAGUAUCCCGAAGACUCCGCGCGUCUCGGCUUAGUGGUGGAAAAUGGACGAGAAUCGAAAGUCGGAGGACGUUCCCGUGCCGUUCGAGGAAGCUCUUAACAGAACUGGGAAUGGCCUCUACAACUAUCUCCUAGCAAUUACCUGCGCCUUGAUACUACUGGCUAUAGGCACGGACUUGUUCGGCUUCAGUCUGGUGGUAGCAGCUGCUUGUGACCUGAACCUUACUGUCAAGCAGACUGGGAUCCUGACCUCUUUGCCGUUUGUUGGAAUCCUGCUGGUUUCCUACGUCUGGGGAUACGUGUCGGAUACAAAAGGAAGGAGGUUUGCGUUGGUGAUGCCUCUGACGAUGUCGUUUAUCUUGGCCUGCAUCGGCAGUCUGUCUCCGCACUGGCUGUUUUUAGGCCUGGCGAAAUUCCUGUCUGUUAUUUUUUCGUGUGCAGCAAAUUCAGCAACCUAUACAUUAGUGGGGGAGUCCUGUAUCCAGCGAGUAAGGAGCAAGUAUAUGCUGCUGAUGACUUGUCUUUUAUUAUUGUCACCAGCCAUGGGUGCUAUCCUUGCUUAUCCCACAUUGAAAUUAGAUUUGGCAAUUGACGUUCCAUUAUUGGGGAUCGUGUACCGACCCUGGAGGAUAUUGGUGGUUGUCCUGGCCUUACCGUCUGGAUUAGGAGCGAUUGCCAUUUACUUUUUUUACGAAUCACCCAAAUUCCUAUUUAACUGCGGAAGGAAAGAAGAGGCUUUGGAAGUACUGAAAAAGAUUCAUGCUAUCAACCAUAGGGGUACAAAAGAGGAAUUGAAGGUCGACUCACUGGUACUAGAAGACGCGACCACCAAGAAGCAGAUGUCGGUCCUACGCGCAAUUGUGGAACAAAGCGCCCCAUUAUUCCGGUUCCCGCACCUUCGCCGCAGCCUGCAGUUGUACUACAUCGUGGGCGUGGUGUACAUCACAAACAACAGCUUCCUAAUGUGGCUGCCGCAGAUUCUAAACCUGGUCAGGAUAUCCAUGGAGUCGAGCACGGCUGGGGAAGGCAACAUCUGCUCUUUGAUGACCCUCAAACCGCAUGUCCAGGCUUCAGCAAAUUCUACUUCUGAGACACACGUCUGCCGCGGUCACGUGGAAGACAACGUCAUUUAUACCCUCAUCAUAUCCCAAUUCAUUUUCUCCUUCCUUAACUUUGUGAUAUCCUGUCUCCCAAAUCGGCGGAAGGUGGUUCUCCUGACGAUCCUCUCAGCGUCAUCCUUCAGCGGGGUGAUGUUAAACCUCACACCAGAGACGAUUUCCAGCGUGAUCUUCUUCGUCAUCUUCACCAGCACUUGCCUUGGCAUGGGGAUCCUGGCUUCGUUCUUCGUGGAUCUUUACCCUACUUCCUAUAGAGGGAUGGCGACUUGUUUGAGCAUCAUGGUGGGACGGAGUUGUGCAUUCGUCGGCAUAAACCUGGUGGGGAAUCUAAUAUUCAAUUACUGUCAAGGCACAUUCUACCUUUGGUCUUUACUAGUGUUUAGUAGCGUGGUUGCGGCCUGGUUUCUACCACCAGACAAAUCACCAGAAGCAAAGUCGAAUACCGUGUGAUAUUAAUUUCCUAUACGCAAUUAACUGUGAUUUCCAUUAUAAGUAUUAAAAUAAGUAUAUAUGCAAAAUUUAUUUAUAGGAAAAUACAAUAGCAAAGAUGUGACAUGAACUGCAGAAUGAAAUAUUUUAAGUUUGAAUGAUAUUUUGUGAGAAGGUUGAUGAUGUGUUUAAAAAUAAAAAUCGUUACUAUAAAUA